AUGGCUCCAAACACUACAUCUCCUGCAGCACCUUCCUCUCCUGGUGGCAUGUCUCUGUCUCUGCCUAUUGCCCUGCUGUCUGUGGCCCUGGCUGUGGGGCUUCCUGGCAACGGCUUUGUGGUGUGGAGCAUCCUGAAGAGGAUGCAGAAAAGAUCCGUCACCGCCCUGCUGGUGCUGAACUUAGCUCUGGCCGACUUGGCUGUGUUGCUCACUGCUCCCUUUUUUCUACACUUCCUGGCUCGACGCACGUGGAAUUUUGGAGUGACCGGUUGCCGCCUGUGCCACUAUGUUUGUGGAGUAAGCAUGUAUGCCAGCGUCCUGCUUAUCACCAUCAUGAGUCUGGACCGCUCAUUGGCAGUGGCCAAGCCCUUUGUGUCCCAGAAGGUGCGCACUAAGACGAUUGCCAGAUGGGUGCUGGCAAGCAUCUGGGUGUUGUCUUUUCUGCUGGCUACACCGGUCAUUGUGUACCGUUCCGUAGAACGGCUCAACAGGACUCUGAUCUGCCGGCCGUAUUAUCCCAGCGACGGGCAUAUGGCCUUUCAUCUGCUUUUUGAAACCAUCACUGGCUUCCUUCUGCCCUUUCUGGCGGUGGUGGCCAGCUACUCUGACAUCGGACGCAGGCUGCAGGCUCGGCGCUUCCGUCGCAGUCGCCGCACCGGCCGCCUGGUGGUCCUUAUCAUCCUGGCCUUCGCCGCCUUCUGGCUGCCUUACCACCUGGUGAACCUGGUGGAAGCCGGUCGUGCGCUGGUGGGCUGGGACAAGGCCGACUCUGUGGGGAGGCAUCUGAAGAUGGCCCGCAACGUGCUCAUCGCGCUGGCCUUCCUGAGCAGCAGCGUGAACCCGGUGCUGUAUGCGUGCGCGGGUGGCGGCUUGCUCCGCUCAGCAGGCGUGGGUUUCGUAGUCAAGCUGCUGGAGGCCACUGGCUCCGAGGUGUACAGUACCCGCCGCGGGGGCACCCUGUGCCAGUCCCAGAAGGCCACACCGGCCUGCCCUGAGCAAGGUCCCACCGAAGCCUCCAUGACCUCCUCUACCCCCUCCUGA